AUGGGGAGGAACACGAAGGAGGAGAAGGGGUGUGUGGAGCGGCACAAGAAGAAGAAGAAGAAGAAGAAGAAGAAGAAGAAGGAAAAGAAGGCGAGGCAGGAGCUGGCGGCGGCGGCUGCGGUUUUCCAGCAGCAGCAGCAGCCGCUCUUCCCGGAGCGGAUUGGCCGCCGCUGUAGCUGGCGGGUGGUGGCGGAGGCACCACCCGGGUUGCCCGAACGGCUUGUACGGACGGCUUCUGGGAAACGGUCUCGGCAUUGCGACGACGAUGGUUGCGGACGUCCGACUGAGGGCCAUCAGCGGCGGCGGGCUGUAGUGCCGGAGAGUGCGCCGCCGCCGCCGCCGCCACUGAUGGUGCCGCCGUCGGGGGAGCUGUCGACGACUCAUCCUCUGACGGGCUCGCUAGGGACGCUGCUGCACUGGUCAAUUGCAAUGCUGUCAUGGAUCCAUGUCGUACAGUCCGCGGCAGCUGUCGUCGUAGUGACCAUAGCGGCGAUGGCGGCCAUGACUGCAGGGCCGCUGUCGCCGCCGCCGCCGUCGUCAAUGCCGGUGCUGACGCAGCGGUUUUUGAUACAGAAGCGCCGCACGGCAAGCGGCCUGCUGACCACGGAUGGAUGGAAUGAAGAUCUUUUGCGAUAG